AUGGUGAAGGAAACGGAAUACUACGAGGUCCUCGGCGUCGCUCCUGAUGCCAGUCCAGCGGCCAUCAGGAAGGCGUACUACCUCCGUGCACGCACGGUGCAUCCUGACAAGAAUCCAAACAAUCCAAAUGCAACACGCCAGUUUGAGGACCUGAGCGCAGCUUACCAGGUGCUGAGCGACCCAACGCAGCGUGAGAGGUAUGACAGGAUGGGCAAGACAGCCGUGCAGGGAGAGGCGAUGAUGGACCCUGCAGCCGUCUUCGCCAUGCUCUUUGGCAGUGACAUGUUCGAGGAGUAUGUGGGGCAGCUGCAGAUGGCCACCAUUGCCACGAUUGCAAUUGAGAACGAGGGCCGAGAGAUGUCCCAGAAGGAGGUCAGGGCCAGGCUGGAGCCCAUCCAACAGGCGCGGGUGGGCCAGCUGGCGGGCACGCUACGGCAGCGGCUGGAGCCGUUCGUGGCGGGCGACGCGGCCGGCUUCACGCAGACUCACACUCGAGAGGCGCAGCGGCUGGCAGAAGCUGCCUUUGGCGAAGCCAUGCUGCACACCAUCGGGUAUGUGUACCAACGGGAGGCAGCAAAGGAGCUGGGGAAAGGGGGGGGCCCAGUGGGCAACCUUCUGGGCGCAACAGAGUGGCUACGCGGGCAGGGGCAUGCAGUCAAGAGCCAGUGGAACGCUGCCAAGGGCGCCAUCGAUCUCAUGCAGGUGAACAGGGCAGUGCUUUCUGUAUAUCCCCUAAGCCAACCUACAAGCAGUCGCGAUCUUGAAGCCUACUUCAAAUCAAAAGAAUGUGUGCUGGACAGCUUCUGGCACAUUAAUGUGAUCGACAUAGAGGCCACGGUGAAAGCUGUGGUGCACCAGGUGCUGCGGGAUUCCAUGGUGCCUGCGUCAGUGCUGAGGGCGCGCGCGAAGGGACUCAAGAAGCUGGGGUCAAUAUUCCAGGUGUGCACAUUGUCCCACUGCGCGCCAGACAGAUGCUGCUGCUUGCACUUCUUGUGCACACUAGUCGUUUAUGUAGGUCUGGGCAGCUCAUUUCAAAUGGAUGGAAGGCACUUGUCCCUCUGCUCUUGA